GGGGCGGGGUUGCAGACCGCAGCGAGAACCGGCGGGGCCCCGAGCAGCGGCGGCGAGCACGGGAGAAGCCGGAGGGAGCCGGGGUCUCGGCCAUGGCCGCGUUGGGGGUCGCGGCCCGCGCGCUCGCUCGGCAGGGACGCUCCGCGGGGCCCCGGGCCUGCCUGGGGCUAGGCCGGCCUGCCACACAGGCGAGAGGGAACCACGUCUGGCACACGUCGUCGCUGCUGUUGCUUCGAGCAGCCCUGCCUGUGAGAGGAGAGCCUCUCAGAAAAAAGAAGAAGGUGGACCCUAAGAAAGAGCAAGCUGCCAAGGACCGACUGAAGAAGAGAAUCAAGAAGCUGGAGAAGGCCACCCAGGAGCUGAUCCCUAUCGAAGACUUCAUCACUCCAGUGAAGUACCUGGAAGAGGAGAGGCAGCGCCCAGAGCAGCAGCUCCCCCUAGAGGACAGCGAGAGGAGGACCUUUCUCAUGAAGAGGUGGGCCCUUUACAAGCAGCAGGAACACGAAGCCGAGCGAGAGAAGAUCUCGUCCAUGCUGGAGGCCCAGCAGGAGGCCCUUCGGGAGCUGCGCCUGGAGUCUGAGCAGCUCUAUGAGGCGGCUGCCCGGCGGGACAAGAGCUUGUUUCCCUUUGACAAGGAGGGCCCCACGUACACUCCGGCCACCCCCGGCUACCAGGCUCCUGAGGGCAGGUACAAUGACAUCACCAAGGUGUAUGUGCAGGUGGAGCACAAGAGAUAGGUGUCACACACCGCCAGUGCGGGCUCGAGGAUCCUCAUCCUACAGACCUCUGCGGGAGCUCGGGCCCCGCCCACCAGCCCCAUGAUGGCCCCCCAGUGGCCAGCUGUCCUGCCAUCUGUGGUCCUCAGAGACCUCCCUCUGUGCUAGGAGACAGAAGGCAGCAAAGAGGGCCCCUGCCUGCAGGGUGGAACCAGCCUGGAGAGAAGGUACAUUUGAGGAAGCGGGAAGGGGCCCUGGGGCCUCCUGCAGGGCUGGGGAAGUCCUGGAGGGUUUAUUUCUUUUAAUAAAAUAACAGUGAUUCAUAAAUACUAUGUUUAA